GGACCUGAACGCCUCAUGAGCGCUGCGGUCCCUUUAAAUCUGAAGCUCCUCCUCCUUCCUCCCCUGAGCCCACGUCAUCACAAAUCACAAACAAACAUGGCGGCACGCUGCACCUGCACGGUUUUGCUAACAGUAUUAGCGCUAUUUUCAGCGCUUUUAGUGACAUUUUGCGCAGCCGGUUCAGGUGUAACGUGUCCGGCGGCGUCUCUGACUCUUGUAACCGGGCUUCUGUCGCUGUGGUUGUGGAGGUUACGGCGGCGGGACGGCGGGUUCGACCGGCGGGUGUGUGUGCUGGUACUGGGGGACAUCGGUCGCAGUCCUCGGAUGCAGUAUCACGCCUUGUCCCUCAGCAAACACCGUUAUAAUGUUACUUUUGUCGGGUUUUUAGACACCAAACCUCAUCAAGACGUCCUGAGAGAGGAGAACAUCAGGAUAGUCCCCAUAACAGAGGUGAAAGGUGUUCGAGUGGGACCCAAAAUCCUCACGUACGUGACGAAGGUGAUCAUUCAGAGUCUUCAGCUGCUUCAUGUGCUGCUGAGGAUGGAGAUACAGUCUCAUAUACUGAUGCAGAAUCCCCCGGGCCUGCCCAGCAUCGCGGUGGCUUGGCUCGUUAGCGUCCUACGUGGCAGCAGAUUCGUCAUCGACUGGCACAACUACGGCUACACCAUCAUGGCCCUGAGCCACGGCCAGAGACACCCAGUGGUGCGACUGGCAAAGUGGUACGAGCACUUCUUCGGCCCUCUGGCGUCUCACAACCUUUGUGUUACCAAUGCAAUGAAGGACGACCUGCAGAAAAACUGGGGCAUCAAGGCGACGACGCUCUACGACAGACCAGCCGCCAUCUUCAGAGAGACUCCGCUGAAGCUGCAGCAUGAGAUCUUCAUGAGACUGUCAGACAAGCAUCCUCAGUUCAGGAGUGAAGGGUCAGAGGAGGUGAAGGUGGAGGAGGUGGAGAAGACAGUUUUCUCAGUCCGUGACCUCACUGAUGACACAGUGAUGUUGAGGGCGGGGCGACCGGCGCUGCUUCUGAGCAGCACCAGCUGGACAGAGGAUGAGGAUUUCUCCAUCCUGCUGAAGGCUCUUGAAGAGUAUGAAGGAUUUGUUAAAGGAGGAGCUUCGUUACCAUCAUUAGUGUGUGUGAUCACAGGUAAAGGUCCUCAGAAGGAACACUACAGGAAGCUGAUCGACUUGCUGCAGUUGGAGCAUGUGAGGAUCUGCACUCCCUGGCUGGAGGCGGAGGACUAUCCUGUCUUAUUAGGUUCAGCAGAUCUCGGCGUUUGUCUCCACAAGUCGUCCAGCGGUCUCGACCUGCCCAUGAAGGUGGUCGACAUGUUCGGCUGCUGUCUGCCCGUCUGCGCCGUCCACUUCAACUGUUUACACGAGCUGGUGAAGCACGAGGAGAACGGACUGAUCUUCAGAGGAUCUCAGGAGCUCGCAGAGCAGCUCAAAUCUCUGCUGUCAGACUUUCCCAGUUCAGAGGGCAGACUGGGUGUGUUCAGGAGGAACCUCCGCACCAGCAGAGGGCAGCGCUGGGACGACAACUGGGACCAGAAUGUCCUGCCGCUGAUCACCGCUCCCUGAUGGACACCAGGGUCACACCAGGAGACUUUUAAUGAAUGAGCCCGAUACUUUCGACAUUUUAACUGGGAAGAUGGAAGAGAGGCUAUUUUUUGUUUUAAUGUCCUGUAGGGUGAAGAUAGAGGAUUCUCUCAGUCUGACAGGAUGAUGAUGAUGAUGAUGAUGAUGAUGAUGAUGAUGGUCUGUAGAUUAUCCUCAGUUAAACAUCUGGAGACUCGUUCACUUUGAGGGUAACUCAGCAUCACUUGAGUGGAUAAAACAUUUAAUCGUCACAGCGUUUAAACUUUUCAUUCCAGCUGGGGAACUUGACUGUAUAAAAGACAUUUUUAUACGAUGUACAUUUGUAAAUAAAAUCUUUAUUGUGCUA